AGCAGUAUUCUUUUGUUUUUCUCUCCCUCCUCUUUGUGUGUGGCCUGGUGUCCCACCAAUGCUCUGCUGGAAAGUGCAUCUGUUGUUAUCAGGUUUGGUUUCUUUGCUUAUCGACGCGACGCUAUUAUGCGUAUACCCGAAGAAAUACGGAAAUCAAAACAAUUAUGCAAUCGAUGUCGGCAUGGGAUGAAGUGUGAAGAGGAAUGCCAGAGGAAUCGCCAUCCGCACCGACAUGAACGAUACGUGAGCAGCAAUCGCUCUCAUCCUUAUCGCACUCACCAAUCGAACUCUUAUCCCCCUCGUUCGGAUCGACCACGGGUUCUGGAGGCCAGUGAUGUGGUCUCUGAAGAAGGGGAUGAUGAGAUCGAGUUGAGAAAAGUCUUCAACCUCCGCGCUGAGACCUGGGACUUGACUUCAGAAGAUCUGGAAUUGUUCCGGAACUGGUGCGAAUCAACAGAAUGGUCAAUUUCGUCGCCGAGCGAUGCACAUAGAUCCGCCUGGCAUGCGAUCAUCCGGCAACAGGUAUUCGAGUACCCAAUCCUUCUUUACAGCACCGUUGCUUUGUCUGCCAUGGAGCUUGCAUCGGGCAGCGAGGUGGAUGACCACUUUCGCAUUGCCCUUGACCACUACUCCCGGGCUAUCAUUGAAUUUUCCCACACUCUUGAAAAGUCGCCAACUGGCAGUAACGCGGCAUUCGUCUCUGUUGGAAUUCUUUUCGGUUUUGAACUCGCGCUCUUACUGGUUGGAGAGAGCUCUGAAUCAUCUAUAUGCUCUUUAAACGACCUCAAUGACCAAACUCUCCAAGAUACCCUGCCUUCUUUGCUCACAGCCUUUAUUGGUGUGCUGGAAACCACCAAAGGCCUGGUUGGUGACUCGAGUCUUAUAGAUACUGUAGAGCACAGCGACAUGGGCGAGCUCUUCACGCAGGAAGACCCGGAUCUCGAUCUUCCAAAUACCUCUACGCUGACAAUUUUGAUGCUCAAGACUAUAAACUCGGCCAGCGCAAGGGACAAUCCUUCCCACGAGAAGGAGGUGUACGACGAAGUCAUUGUCCAGCUGGGCCAGUCCCUAGAGAAGCUCGCCAAGGUCGUGGACCCGUUGUUCAUCGCUUUACGAUUCCUUCUGCGCAUCCCGCGACGCUUUCUUACUCUCCUCGCAACCCGACAACCACUGGCACUCGCCAUUCUUGCACAUUACUGUGCGGUUAUGCAUCAUCUUCGAGACCGAUGGUGGAUGGGCGAUUUGGGGGCGCGAGUCCUGAAAGAGAUCAGCCACGUCCUCGGUCCUGAUAUGGUGGACUCGAUCCAGUGGGCAACUGAUAUUGUCGGUGUUUCGGUAGACAAUAAUUCUGACAAGUCUUGAUGAUGACUGUGAUCUACCAUAGGUCGGAUGGAAUCCUGGGACUUUUAUCGAGAUUCCGUCUUAUAUAUAUUUCUAGGUGUCUAUUCACUGUCCUGACUCUCUCCGCUCGAGCCGGAAGAGCGAAGGGCCGCCUCACACAGGGAUUUAAUUUGAACCCAUCUCCGCAACACGGUGGCCAUUCUUUCAUGCUGAUCUUCAUUCGACUCCGUACUGGGGGGG